AUGGCGAAGGAGCUGCCGGCGAGUGUGCAGCAGCGGCUGGUCGUCUUCGCCACCCAGGUCGACCAGUCCCUCGUCACCUACUCGGUGCGCACGCGAUCCAGGCCCGUCGACCGCGACGCCGUGUUCGACAGUCCACCAACUUGGGGUGAGCUUUUCCACCCGGGCUUUCUGGCUUCCUGCCAGCAACGCAAAUUCAUUUGGGCCCCGCAGCGAGAAGACGAGCAAGAGACGCGACAAAUCCGACGCCCCGCACUUGACCCAGAAUCCGCGCUCCACCGCCCCGCAAGACGUGGCCAUAUCGCCGACGAGCACUGCCCAGCAGCGCGCCUGCGAGGACCGGCCGGCCGGCUCGUCCGAGCCCUACGCGUCCGAGUCGAUUUUCGAACAAUCGCCGAAGCAGUCAUAAUGGUAUCCCGCGUGGCUGCGCAGCCGAUUUGUCUCCUCAUCCUUAAUCCCGCCGAUUCAUUCAAGAAGAACCAUUUAUUAAACUGUUUCGCGAACCGG